ACCCUUAUUAGAAGUUUCCGAGAAAUGUGCUGGUUUCUCACAGUUUCCUCUAACGGUUCGGAUGUGAGACAGCAGGUCGGUGAUGGUUAUCAGAGGUGUGCUAAUGGACUGCUGAGAGCUAGUUUCAUUUGCUCCGUGUAACUCGAGGCUGUAAGCUGCAGUUAGAUGGAAGUCAUGGUAACGUUCUUUGUUUUUUUAUCACUUGAGCAAAAGCGGAUGCGGUGAGCAGCUGGUUAGCUUCAGCGCUAAAGCUAAUAAAGCUGGCAGUAUGGCGCUGUUAUUGUCCUGAACUUGUGCUGUGGUCUGGAAGAAGCGAAAUGAGGGUAAAGCGUCUGUAAGUGUCCAGGCAGCGGUCAGUGUCUCAGCCCUCAGCUGCUAUGGAUCAUGUUUCCACUCUGCUGAUGCUGAUUGCACCAUGCUCAGUGUUGUGCGGUCACGUCCCUGCCCCGGUCAACCUCACGAUGGAGUCCCACCACUUCAUUCACCUGCUCAGUUGGCAGGCUGGACCAGGGUCUCCUGCAGGACUGAAUUACACAGUCAUCUUCCGCUCCUAUAGUGAGGGCUGGAAGAUGGUGGACCGUUGUGAAGCAGUGCGUGAUCCAUUGCGCUGUAACCUAACAGAUGUUUUCUCCGAUCUGGAAAAGACCUACUACAUCAAUGUUACAGCUGUCUCAGGGAAUGAGACGUCCAAACCUCGUUCCUACAGUCUGUUUACGCCAGUCUCUGACACUGAGCCAGAGCUUCCGUCUCUGCGAGUUUCAGCGUGUAAUGACUCCCUGUGUGUGUAUCUUCAGUCUCCGUCCGAGAGACUUGAGGCGGUUUAUAAGAAAUUCCCAUACACGCUUAAUGUGACCAACGAAAAAGGAGUUCAGUUCUUACAGAACACCAUUGGGUUGAAGACUGUAGAUCUGAAAGUGGUGCCGGGGCUGCAGUAUUGUGUGUCUGUGAGCAUCAGAAAUCGAAGUACUGCUAAUAAACCACCCGUGUGUGCUUCUAAACCUGCAGCAGUGAACAACAUGGAUGCCGUGAUCUCUGUGUUUUUGUGUCUGCUGGCGCUGGUGACUGUGAUGAUUGUUGGUCUGCUGCUUCUUAAAAGGUCCAUGAAAAUCCAUCAGCCAUUAGUCCUGAGUUCAUUUAAGCCGCCAUAUAAAGUGGUGCUUCUUCGUUGGCCCACUGUGGAGUUUGUAAAGUGCGUUUCACUGGAGCCCAACAUAUACAAAGAUGUUCAGGUCAGUGAAGAGGUGGACCGAGAGAAAGAGGAUGAAGAGGUGGCAUAUGAGGGACGAAGGGGUUGUGAAGAAAUUUCAGAAGAAUCAAGGUCUUCUCUUCCAAGUUCCCCAGAGAGCCAGUAUGAGCACCCCUGUAAUCCGGACACUAAAACACACACACAUGUCCCUGGAACCUUUUUGAAAGAGCACACAGCACCAGACAAGAUCACACGUCACUGGGAGGCAACAACUCCCCAAACUACAAGUCAGACCCUCACAGCACACCUCUUACCCCUAAAAACACCAAUCCAAGAGCUCAAAAAGAAUGAUUUGGCCUUGCUCAGGCAUAAGAGAGGAGAUGAACUCAGGGAGGAGGAGGAGGAGGAGGAGGAGGAGGAGGAGGUGGAGGAGGAGGAGGAGGAGGAGGACAGUGACAAUGUGAAUUUCUUCUCUUUGAUCCUGGGAGGCCAAAAUUCAGAACAACAGGAAGAGAAGAUGGAAAAUGUAAAAAAAGUUCAACCAGAGGUGCCUUUAUUUGUGUUACAGCCACCAAAACCUGCCAUGGACAUUCAGCCCACAUAUACUGAGAACACAACCAAACGCAUUUCAUACUCUGAGGAGGAAGAAGAGGAGGAUAUGGAGGAGGAGGAAGCUUUCUCCGGAUAUAUGAUACGGAGUUAGAAACCGUGUUUUCUAUAAAACAGAAUUUUCUCCAUCCAUUAUGUAAAUGAGCUAAUGAGCAGUUCGUAUAAGAAAACAUCUCUUUAGGUGUGUGUGUGUGUGUGUGUGUAUAUAUAUAUAUAUAUAUAUAUAUAUUUUUUUUUUUUUAAAUUCAGACAUUAUUUCUUUAAAUCAUGUGAGUGUGUCCCAGUGAUAUAUAGAGAUUUUUUUUAUUGCAAAAAUUGCCAAAAGUCAAUCUAUAUUCCAGGCUGCCAGUUACUAGAAUGUUACUAUCAAAGCAUGAGAUGCUGCUGGAUGUAAACAACCAAUUUUAAACCAUGAGUUUUGAGAGUGUGUAUAUGCACUUAAUUGGAGACUGAACAGUAUUGUUCAUUAAUUCAUUCAUCUUUAGUAAGUUCAGAAUGUAUUCAGACUCGGUCAUUGUGGUUUUCUGCCCCAGUCUGAGGUCUUGUGAAUUCUGGAAGCAGGACUGCUUUGUGUUUGGGUCUGUUUAUCCUUUCCUCAGUUCUGACCAGUCUCCCCAUUCGUGCCAAUGAGAAGAACCCCA